AUGGUGAUCAGCGACCGGAACACCCCGGUCCCCAAGAAGGGCUCGACCCCGACGGAGGCCAGGAGGCGGCGGACGUCCCGGCCCCAAGGCCUGCCCUCCCCGGCGCUGUGCUGCGCCUGCGGCCUGUGCAUCAUGCUGGCGGGCAUGAACAUCACCCUGGUGGGGGCCUUCGCCUUCAGCACUCUGCUGCCGUCCGGGAACCCGCCCAUCAUCAUCGGCCCCAUCCUGCUGCUGGUGGCCUUCUCCUUCUUCGGGGCGUGCUGCGUGUGCAGCCGCCUGCCCCCCGCCCAGGGCUCGCUGCGGGCCAAGGUGGGCGGGGGCCGGGGGGCCGGGCUGAUGGGGACCGGCGGGCUGGCCGGCGGCGCCACCUUCGAGAUCGAGACAAGCGAGCACACGCUGCAGGACACCACGGCGGUGCAGCUCAGCCCCACCUCCUCGCCGGGCUCCUCCCCCCGCGCCUCCAGCCCCGCGGAGGGGGAGGGGCCGGCCGACUGUAAGGUGUUCACCACCGAGGCGGACGGAGGGGGGGUGUCGUCCGACGCCGUCGCCGCCGCCUUCUACUCGGCGGCGGCGACGGCGUCGGGGGGGGGGGAGGUGAGGCUCAACCUGCCGCGGGAGGAGGCGUCGUAG